AUGAACGACGUUGUCGCAGAACUUGCUGGCAAGUUCUCCUCCCUGCAAUUUGUCAAGAUUGAAGCUGAAAACUUCCCAGACAUUUCAGAAGAGUUUGAAAUUGCUGCCGUCCCUACUUUUGCUGUUCUUAAGGGUGGCAAGACCGUCGAACGUAUUGAAGGUGCAAAGGCCGCCGAAUUGACGAACGCUGUGGCCAAACACGCCAAGGGAGUGUCAUCGGCCAAUAAGUCUUUGGCUGAAAACGAUGUCAAACCUGCCAAGGAUCUCAACACUCGCUUAAAGUCUUUGAUUGAGAGUGCUCCUGUCAUGAUCUUUAUCAAGGGCACCCCACAACAGCCUCGCUGUGGUUUCACGCGUCAAUUGCUUGAUAUUUUGAACGAGCAAAAGAUCAAGUACAGCUCUUUUAACAUUUUGGUGGAUGAGGAUGUGCGACAGGGUCUCAAGGCUUACUCCAACUGGCCUACAUUCCCGCAGAUGUAUGUGAAUGGCGAAUUGAUUGGUGGUUUGGAUAUUGUCAAGGAAUUGGUCUCGUCUGGCGAGCUUCACGAAAUGAUUGAGGAAGGAAACUAA